AAACGUUCUUCGCUGCCAGUUCCAAUGCUGGCCACGCUGUGAUUCAAAAUGGCUACUUUCAUUCGGAAUGCUGCAAAAUCCGUGGUGAUCAGCGACGGGUACCUCGGGUAGCAACCUUUUCGGCGCUCUUCUCAAGAAAAGAAAGGGCAAAGUGGCGGAAUCCCACUGGAGGAUGUGGACGGUGCGGCUGGAGGGGGGGCCACGCAGGGUGAACCAUGCGGCCGUGGCCAUCCACGGCAGGGUCUACUCCUUCGGUGGCUACUGCACGGGAGAGGACUACAACACCCGCAAGCCCAUCGAUGUCCACGUGCUCAACACAGUGUCCCUGCGGUGGACCCUGGUCCCCUGCCAGCCCAACCUGGAGGAUGUGCCCUUCCAGCGCUACGGCCACACGGUGGUGGCCUACGGGGACCAUGCCUACCUCUGGGGGGGACGCAACGACGACGGGGCCUGCAACAUCCUCUACUGCUUCGACACCAACACCCUGACCUGGAGCCGUCCCCGGGUGCACGGCCACAUCCCGGGCGCCCGUGACGGCCACUCGGCCUGCACCAUGGGCCGGCAGAUGUACGUCUUCGGGGGCUACGAGGAGCAGGCCGACCGCUUCUCGCAGGAUGUCCACGUGCUCGACCUGGACACCAUGCACUGGCAGUACGCCCCCACCUGGGGCGUUCCCCCGCAGUGGCGGGACUUCCACUCUGCGACGGCCAUCGGCAGCCGCAUGUACGUGUGGGGCGGGCGGGGAGACAGCCAGGGGCCCUACCACUCGCAGAGCGAGGUGUACUGCAACCGCAUGGCCUUUCUGGACACCCCCAGCUCCUGCUGGGUCCAGCCCCAGACGUCUGGGGAGGCCCCUGAAGGGCGCCGCUCUCACUCCUCCUUUGUCUACAAGGGAGAGUUGUACGUGUUUGGGGGCUACAACGGGCUCCUGCUGACCCACUUCGGCGACAUGUACAAGUAUGAUCCGGAGAACUCUGUGUGGAGCCGGGUGAAGGUGCUGGGCGAGGGGCCCUGUCCCAGGAGGCGCCAGUGCUGCUGCAUGGUCGGGGACCGCCUCUUUCUCUUUGGUGGCACCAGCCCGAUCCCGAACCAAGGGAGCGUUCGCGAGCGGCUGCAGGAGUUUGACAUGAACGAUCAAGCGCUGAUGGAUCACUCGGACCUUCAUGUGCUGGAUUUCGCGCCAACGUUAAAGACCCUCUGCCUCCUGGCUGUGAUCAACUCUCGUCUCGACGUCAGUCACCUUCCUCAGGACAUCAGGUGGGAGAUCUGUGCCAUGACCACCAACAACAGCAUCUCGCGCCCCUUGCAGACGACUGGCUGAGUAGAGUUACUGCAGCUCGUUUCUGCCCGUGCAAAUUGUGGACUGUACUCUCCCCGCUCAUUCCGGACAAAGCAGAGGGAGUGCUCCCAACGCCGCGUGGGGUGUAAGUGCAGAACACUGCUGCGUCUCGGGGCGCUCCGCCGCUCCGACGCUGCCUGCAGGCGCCACUGCAGACGGCUCCGACGCCGCCUGCAGUGGCGCCGGAUUCGAGUGGUGCUCGUGACGUUUGCCACACCAACCCGGGAGCAGAGCGCUUUGCCGGAGGUACAAACACGAGGAGGCUCGCAUCAUUUUCAGUGUGGGCUUCUCGAUUAAAUUCCCUACGCUGGAGUGCAAGAGUGAGGUAGCGCGAAGACUGCUGCAUCACUGGCUUCAUUUCUGCUGUGCGGACAGCUUCUAAAAGUGCGCCAAACCCGAUUUUGGCUUCCUCCAGGUGCGGGAAAACUGAAUCUAGAGAGUAGGAAGACUCAAACACGUAACAGUAGUAGUUCAUAGGUGCGUAUUGCUUGCAUGUGGACGGAAUUCAAAAUUGAAGAAAUUUUAGAUGGAGUAAAAUUUCUUGCAGGAAGGAUAUGGCUCCUGGUUCCCGUGUGCAAAAAUCAAUUUCUGUCUUCAUACCUGCCCUCAUAUUUGGUUGUGUACGUUUUUUUUUGUUUUCUUUACAUAUUUGUUGCAAGAGUUUCGGUUAAGUUUGUUCUCAAUGCUAAUGCAAACCUGUUUAGUCCCGCUUCGGCUUCAAAAAGUCUCCUCGUAUGACGCGCGAGAAAAAAGAAAGUGCGAUACACCGAAAGGCUCGACCAUUGCCAAAAGUGUCGACCAUUUCACCGCCGAUUUACGACUAAGUUGUUGCAAAUGUAGGUGGCGCAAUCUGACAGCUGAUUCAACCAAUUCAAUCACUUUACAUCCACCCAUCCAUCAGUUUCAGAUGCCUGGACUGGCAUGUUGUUAACCGAUCGUGCUCUGGAGGAAACAUCUCAUACCUGUGCUAUCGCACACCGUUACUUGCCGGAGCGAAACGGGUUCAUCCGAGCGAGAUUUUGGAAAAUAGCCGACAUCCGCUCUCACGUCGUAUAUGUAUGAAAGAGACUGGUGCAUUAGCACUCCGCUUUGCGUGCAGGUCGUUCAGACGUUGAAGUGUGUUAGCUUACUGUCGUUCAGGUCGUAUCCAAAGGAUAUCGAUAAGGGCGCUUUUCCCGACCCUUGCUAGUCUCCCUUUGCUCGAUCGCGGGCUCUUUGGAAAGUCCUCUGGUCGGGCGGACGUGUGCAAGAGAACCAGAGGGACGCAGCGGUGAUUACCGCUGGGAUGCCUGAAAUGCAUCUCCAACCAAUCUGCUUAAUUUGUCCUUGUUUUGUGGUCGCUCGAUUUCCUCCUGAUGACAUCACGAAUGUAUCACGCUGUUGCCUACCAUGAUUCUGGCAGUGGCCAGCUGUGGAGUAGGAAACGGCAGACUGCUGCCACGCUGUGGGUCAUUCUCUGGCGCAACAGUUCAGGGCAGUUUCAGCAAGAAAGAGCUAGGACGCUGCAGCGACAGUGACACCUGCAUUUGCUCUUAAUUUCUUUCCGGAACUUCUGCCGCUAGCCGCUAGGAUCACGGCAUCCGUCAGCAGGAUGUGCCGGCCCCCCGUGAUGUGAUUGGUUGCCACUUCGAGACCACUUUCGAUAAGUGAGCGGUGUUGGACGUUAUACGCACCAGUGUUGAACGUGGUCCAGGUAUCUUGCUGUUGCUCUUUGCCCGGAUGGCCAUGAUAAUGGAAGCCAUGAGGAUCACUUCGCUUUACAGAUCAUGUGCAAUCUUGUACAAAUUACUAUACCGAUUUCAGCGGAAGACGAUAUCCUAAGAGAAACUGUUGUUGUUGGCCGUUAUUGACGCUGAUUGCUCUCGAGAGUGUAAGGGGAGGCAUUGGUCCUGAACAUUUGGCUGUCGUUUCUCUUCUGAUUGAAGUGAAAUUGUCGUACAUACUGUAGUUUUGGGUGCCGAGCCCAACUACGCUUACCUUUUUCUUAUUUAUUACAACUUUCUAGCUUUAUUGGAAAUUCUAGCUUUAUUGGAAAUGCUUCUGCCCAAAUCUUUUACAAUACCCCAUCAAAUUUAACUAACUUGUUUCCUAAAGUAUCUAGGCAUGUUCCGCAAACGGUAUUACUAGAGUGUGCGGCAAAACUAAUCUUGUUUUUGCACCAUUCUAAAAAAACUUAUUACUGUAAAAAUGUUUUCACUCAUAACUUCAAAUAAAUCAUUUCUUAUUUUUGACAUUUAGGAAGUCGUAUAAUUUUUCUUUUUUUCAGGACUCUUCUUGCAGUACAUUCAUGUUCUACUUCCAAAAAUACAUUGGCAAAAAGUAAAAAAAAAAUCUUUUUGAAAAAACAUUAACGUCCAAAACUUUUUUUACAUAUUUUGUGAGGCAAUUUAUUAUGGUGUCCGAAGACUACCCAGUGAAUAUUUUGCUACAGCGUCGCAUAUAUUUUUAAUAAAGUAAAAAAACGUAACUGCUCAAAACCGAUACCGAAAGUGGACUGGAGAGGAAGAAGAAAUAUUGAGGAGAAGGUUGCCAAAAAUCACGUGGCUGCGAAACUUUUUUUUUUAUCAUACUAUGUUUUAGAAGCUACAAAAACAGUUUUUUUUUUUUACUUUUGAUAUUGAGUGUGUUUUGAUCACCCACAGCCUUGAUUAUAUCUGGUGGUUGUGUCUAAAUGAAAGGAAACUGCACGUGACCUCAGAGAAGAGAGUGAGCGCAACUCAAACCGACCAGUUCUCGAUCGACGCUUUUCAGGUGGAAAGAAAACGAAUUUCAAGCCGCUAAUUGUGUUCUGGCUAGUUGGGCUCUCAUAUGUCAUGUACAACUAAAAACCUUGGCGAGCAUAAAUACCCUGUCGGUGUCCCUUUAACGACGUGCUCAUAAGCAGCUUGCUCACAUAACUUUGAAUUGACAUGACUAAAUAGAUGUACACUUUGUAACUUUGCUGCAAAAUAGAAAAUAAAAUAAAAUGUUUUCCUAGUAUCCUAUAUACUAUUUCUCUUCAAGACCAGUGACUCCCCUUUAAUUGAGUAGAUUAUUUUGGGCUCCAAUAAGAAUGAGACAUCCUGGUCUCUAUCGUAGAAGUACACCAUGUGGCUCGGUGAAUGACUCGGGCGCGAGGGCGUUUGUCUCGUGCGUGGACAGAACACCCUGCAUAGUCUUGAGUGCCAUCAAAGACGCGAGGUUUAAUGCUUCGAGCCACGUCCCUCCUACGUUGCUGCACACAACUGGGGCAUAAUCUGACUACUUGGCAGGAAAGGCACAUUCUUAUGGGCUCAAUUCGUACGCACAAUGGACUAUUUUCCGAACGGACCGAUCUCGUCGAGCGUUUGGCGCAUGCGUGAAACCGCCCUAACUUUGGUCCACAGGAGGCUGGCGGCAGUGUCCGAGACUAGAGUAUGUGCUCCGUUGCCUCUGCAUGCGCACAGCGGCAGCAAGGUUGUCUCACAUGUAGGAAGACUGAAGUUGUCUCGAUGCAUUGCGGCAGCGGCGGCGUAUCCAAGCAGGCCUUCAAUAUCUAUUAAGUGUGAAGGUGUGGCCACGAUAGGUGUACCCUUUGGGUGGAAGUGAGCUAGCUACGUCCUGUUGGAUUCGUUACCUAAACAACCUAAACAUACCCUUUUCAAAACUCCAUCGAGCAACGUUGGCUGUCGCCAUUUCUGGGACACGAAGCGUGCGGUUGGAUCUGAGUCCUUGCCAAACGUUGACGCAGCGCUCGUUCUCGAUAACAGUCGAGUCAAGUUGACGCCGAGUGCUCACGUAGCCCUUGUGUUCAUUACGUGGUCAGAGCGCGUGCCCACGUAAUGGCGGACUCUCUGAUACUUGGCGCUGCAGCUGCUAGACAGCAUGCACUUUUGAAAAGAAGAAGCGUCUCGAGGAACGCAGAGAGUGUGAAUGAAGGAAAUACCACAAGUCCGAAGAGCGAUGCUGCAGAAUUGUUGAUUGGCUCCAGACGUGCUAUUUGUAACAAUAAAUCUACCGUUGAGCUUUGCAUGAAGUCCCAUAUCCGAAUUACAAUGUUUGAGAUGAUUUCAAAUUUUUCUCGUUGUCAUAUUGGUACCAGGUACACAUAGAAAUAUAGCAGCUCAGACUAAGGAUUCAAUAUUCUUGCAUCGUGCCAAUGCCAUGCCUCUCCUGGGCACUGAAAGUUGGUCCUGUUGGUCUGUGCAGAUUCUGCAACGUCUCUGACGUGAUUUGUAUCGAGAGGUGAGAUGGAGAGUCUUCUGUUCAUUUCGAUAAAUUGUGGAUAUUUUUGCUCGCGUGUUAGAAAGAUUUUUACCAUUUCUUUGAUUCGGUAGUGGCGUGAUUGGUUUCAUAUUUUUAGUCAGUUUCGGAGUGCUGUGCGUGUCCUCGGGUUUUCGGAAAUCUUGUUGCACACAGCAGAGUAAGAAGUUCGCGAAUAGUUUUUUUGUUCGUCGGUGUAAAUAAUGCUGCUUCCUCUGUGUAAGACCAAGGAUGUUAGGGUGUGUAUGGUAUUUAUGGGCCAGAUGUACAGCUGGUGCAUGUGUAUUAUUUUUUGUUGUGCGAGACCAUCCCUAAUUAAGCUUAAUAAAGCAUUGGUCAUUUGAAACUCCUGUGUCUUCAGCCUC